AUAAUAUCCUCACACUUCCACUUUUUACCUUGAGCAGAACAAUGUACGCCCUCUUUGCACUUUCCACAUCUUCACCUGCUAUCAAGCACUCACGUUCCCCACAGAGCGGAGACAGCUGAUAAGUCGGCUUAUCAGGCCAACGCCGCACAAUAACACACACGCGCGAUCUCGCCACAGUGAUCCUGUGCCCAUGCACGCCCCUGGCCCGCGAAUUUUUAUUGUGUAUUAUGCAAUCGAUUCUUAUCCGGUGUCGACGGAUCCCCUGAAAUAUGGGCUCGGUGUCGUCUCCGACCCAACCACUCCUGGCUGAGCAACCGCAGGCCACCUACCACACCAUGCCAUCCCCAACGGGCGGCGCCGGCAAGUCCGGCAUCUUCGUGCCCAAGAAGAUCGCCAUCCUCCUCGCGGUCGUCGUCGUCGGCGCCAUCGUCGCCACCGGCCUCUUCGUCUACUUCUUUGCCGACCGCUACGAAAGUGGCGGCAACGACGGCGGCGGCGACGGCAACGGCGGGACAACCGACCCGGAUUUCCUCAAGGACGUCCGGCUUCCCACUCAUCUGCACCCCACUUCCUAUGAUGUCAAGGUCCUGGCGAAAAUCAACGAGCCCGGCUUCCCGAUCGACGGCUGGGUUACCAUCGACAUAACCUGCGACACCCCGGCCAACAACAUCACGCUCAACGUGCACAACAUCACGGUCAGAAACACGCUGGUCCAGAAGGUGACCGGGCAGCAGGUGGAGAACAUAAGCAUCGUGGAGGAAGUUUUCGACCUGGACCGAGACUUCUACAUCGUGAAGCUGUCUAAGGUGCUAGAGGUGAACCAGAUCUACCGGGUCUCCAUUGACUACCAAGGGAGGUUGCAGGAUGACCUCGCCGGUUAUUACUACAGCUCCUACGUCGAGAACGACGAGACUCGGUACUUGGCGGUAACGCAAUUCCAAGCGACGGAUGCCCGGCGGGCGUUCCCGUGCUUCGACGAGCCGAACUACAAGGCGAAAUUCAGAGUCGCCCUCGGGAAACCCGAAGGCGAGGAGUGGGUCGCCCUCUCCAACAUGAAUUCCUCAGGGACAACCCCCGCACCCGAGCAACCCGGUUACGUGUGGGAGCAGUUCGAGACGUCGGUGCCGAUGAGCACUUACCUGGUGGCGUUCGCCGUGGCCCGGUUCAAGAGCGUCGACAAGAACGCCACGGCGAGACAGAUUCCGUACAAGGUAUGGGCCCGGCCGGAUAUGAUCGACUACGCCCAGAAGGCCGCCGAGUACGGACCGGCCAUCCUGGAACAUUUCGAAGAAUAUUUCAAGAUUGAUUACCCGAUGCCCAAGAUGGACAUGAUCGCCCUUCCAGACUUCGCCGCCGGCGCCAUGGAGAACUGGGGACUCAUCACCUACAGGGAGGAAUACCUGCUGUACGAAGGGAGCCAGACCCCAGCGGCAACCCUUGUGAGGAUCGUCUACAUUAUUGCCCACGAGCUGGCCCACAUGUGGUUCGGAGACCUGGUGACUCCGGAAUGGUGGAAUGACAUCUGGUUGAACGAGGGUUUUGCUUCCUACGUCGAGUAUCUCGGGGCCGACAAAGUGGAGCCUGGCUGGAAAUGGAUGGAGCAAUUUGUUUUCAGUGACCUCCAAGACGUACUUUACUUGGAUUCCCUCCAGAAUUCCCAUCCCAUCUCCGUCGACGUCUACAAUCCGGAUCAGAUCAUGGAGCUCUUCGAUCGAAUCUCCUAUGCCAAAGGUGCGUCGAUCAUUCGAAUGAUGAAUCACUUCCUGACGGAGGAGGUGUUCAGAAACGGGGUUACCAAUUACCUCAAGAAAUUCGAAUACCAGAACGCAGUGCAGGACGACCUUUGGAAGCACUUGAACGACGAGGCCAACACCAUGCAAGUCCAACUCCCGGCCACGGUCAAGGAAAUCAUGGACACCUGGACCCUGCAGACCGGCUACCCUGUCGUGAAGGCCACGAGGGAUGGUGAAAAGGUCACCGUCAAUCAGACACGGUUCCUGCUGAACUCGACGACGACUGAGAAGCCCACCCACUGGUACGUCCCGUUGAACCUGGUCCGGUCGAGCAACGUCGCGGGAUUCGAUUCGACGAACGCCACGGUUUGGCUCUACCCCAAUGCGUCCACCGUCGAGUUCACGCUCGCCCAGAACGACGAGUGGUACAUCAUCAACGCCCAGCAGACCGGGUACUACCGGGUCAACUACGACGAGAGGAACUGGGAGGCUCUGAACAAAACUCUCCGCGAGAGUCAUGAAGAUAUCCAUGUCAUCAACAGGGCUCAAAUCCUGGACGACGCCCUGAACCUGGCCCUUGCGGGUCACAUCAACUAUACCAUCGCCCUGUCCCUCACCCAAUACCUGGGGCAGGAGGAGUCCUACAUCCCCUGGGCGACCACGGCCGACAACCUCAGCUACCUUCGGCGCAUGCUCGAGACCACUGGGAAAUACGACCAAUAUCGGGCCUACAUCCUGAGCCUCAUAAAAGAUGUGCUGGCGAGAGGUGACUUCAAGUUCCCCGUAUUGGAAGACGUACCCCCCAACGGGGACUACCAGGACGUGACGGAGGUGAUGUACAAGGAGCUGAUCUGGGGGGCUGCCUGUCAGAUGAGGGAACCCCGGUGCAUCGGCAAUGCCACCCAACUGUUCCGCACUUGGAGGGAAAAUUACGACGAAUCAACGCCAGACAAGCCCUACCUGAACCCGAACAUUAAGGGACUCGUGUACUGCGAGGGAGUUCGUUCCGGCGAGGCGGCUGAAUGGGAAUUCGUCUACAAGCACUACAACAACACCAACUACGCGGCCGAGAGGACGCUGCUCCUCGCGGCCAUGGCCUGCACCGAUAAGUCCUGGCUGCUCAACAAAUAUCUGGACAUGCUACUGACCCCAGAGACGAGCGGGAUCCGGAGCCAGGACGUGUCCCGGGCCUUCGCCUACAUCGCCGCGAACCCCGCUGGGAGGGACGAGGCCUUCAAGUUCGUCAAGGUCAACUGGGAGAAGCUCAAGGACAAGUACAGCAGCGGGUUGAGCACCCUGACCAGGUUCAUCACGCCGUUCAGCAUCUUCAACACCGAAUACGAACUCAACCUGCUGAAAACCAUGAAGGACGAAAUCGAGGGCUCGCUGGGGUCGGCCGCGAGGGCCAUGGACCAGACCAUCGAGUCGGUGAUGAUCAACAUCGAGUGGAUGAAUAAGAACCUCGACACGGUCGUCAGGUGGCUGGAGGUGAACGGCAGCACCGUCGGACCGACCGACCCAGGCUACCCCAAUGACGUCCGGCUUCCCCGUCACCUUCGCCCUACUGAAUAUGAUGUCAAGGUCCGGGCGAGAAUGAACGAGCCCGGCUUCCCGAUCGACGGCUGGGUUACCAUCGACAUGGUCUGCAACACCCCGGCUGACAACAUCACGCUCAACGUGCACGACAUCACGGUCAACAACACCCUGGUCCAGAAGGUGACCGGGCAGCAGGUGGAGGACAUAAGCAUCGUGGAGGAAGUUUUCGACCUGGACCGAGACUUCUACAUACUGAAGCUGUCUAAGCAGCUAGAGCUGAACCAGACCUACCGGAUCACCAUCGACUACGAAGGGAGGUUGCAGAGUGACCUCGCCGGUUAUUACUACAGCUCCUACGUCGAGAACGACGAGACUCGCAAAGAAGGUUCUGCUGAAAGUCAACGAUGA